UCCUCUUCUUUACCCACAGAUCUGAUAUUUUCCUGGAUCUUCAAUGAGUACCCAACAUUUGUGAAACAGGACACGCGCCGCUUCAUCUCCCAGGAGACUGGAAAUCUGUAUAUUGCCAAAGUGGAGCCCUCAGAUGUUGGCAAUUACACCUGCGUGGUGACCAACACCGUCACAAAGACCCGUGUCCAAGGCCCACCGACGCCACUGGUACUCCGUAUUGACGGUGUUAUGGGUGAAUACGAGCCAAAGAUUGAAGUUCAGUUUCCAGAAGUUGUACAUGUUGCCAAAGGAUCCACUGUAAAGCUGGAAUGCUUCGCACUGGGAAACCCUGCACCCUCUAUAAAGUGGAGGAGAGCAGACGACGUAGCCUUCCCCAGAAAAGUGGAUAUGAGAAAGGCCAGCGGCAUCCUGGAAAUCCCAUAUUUUCAGCAGGAGGAUGCCGGCACGUAUGAGUGUGUCGCCGAAAACUCCCGAGGAGUGAACACGGUGAAAGGAAAGCUCUCCUUCUAUGCCCCUCCUCAUCUGAUCGAGAAGCCCCAAGAUGUCCAGAGGCUCAUUGAUGACACUCUGACAUGGGAGUGUAAGGCCACGGGGAAGCCAAAGCCUUCUUACAGAUGGAUGAAAAAUGGGGAGAACCUGGAGCCUGCAGAGGAACGUGUUCAAGUUACCAAUGGGGUGUUGUCAAUAAGUCGUCUGACCCUGUCGGACACAGGAAUGUACCAGUGUGUGGCCGGGAAUAAGCACGGCGAGGUCUACUCCAAUGCAGAGCUCAGAGUCAUUGGUAAGUGUGUGUGUACAUGUCUGUUUGUACAUGAUCAACAAUGCAUGUGUUUUCUUGUUUACUACAUCCUCUUCCCACUGUUUGGCGCUGUAAGAUGA